AUGGCUCUAAUCACAACUGAACUUCAGCUGUUAAGUGGAUCAUUCAGCACUAGACCAUUAGAGAGAAUUAUUUACAUACAUUACAGGAUACAAGAAGAACUGAUGAGCAAGAGUAUCUAUCAGUACCUUCAUCCUACUAGUCAUCAAUUUUUUAGCAACUGUCUUGAUUCACUGAAAACUGGCAAGUUGCCAGAAUUCAUCAACAAUAGAAACUUUUCAUUGGACACUAGAUUCAGGAUCAACUGUGCUGAUGAAUUCAUGAAAGAACUGAAUGACUCAAAUUAUUUGAAAACUCGCCUUCAGUUUUUUUAUCAGCAGGGUAAGAAAAGUGCUAGAGAUGGAGACUAUAGUCCAAUUUCACCUGGAUCAGUAUCUGAAAACCCUAAGUUUUUGGUCUGCAUCGCCCAGAAAGUUAAUUGCACUUCAAACAAUUCAUCAAACUUGGAGCAGUGUCAGUUCACUACAAAACAAGAUUUGCAAGGAAAAAUACUGAACUGUGAUUCAAGUUCUUUGAAAGCUUACCUCUCAACUAUCCCUGGAUCAAUCACCAUAAGAGAUUUUGUGGGCUGGAAUGUUGUUGAUUUUUGCCAUUCCUUGGACAAGGACCGCUUGAGACAACAUCAUGAAGAAGUUGUAAAGAAUGGCACGAACAUGAGUGGUGUGUACAGAUUCCAGAUUCUGAAGGGAAAGUACGUCUAUGUACAGACAAGAAGCAAGCUGUUCACUAAUCCAAAAAAUAGCAAUCCUGAGUUCAUUAUGUCAACCCAUUCCAUCGUCAGGCCAUGUGAUUCCGAUGCAGAAUUGAAAGGUUCAGCUGAGAAGGGUCUGAUGCAAGCCAUCAUUGGACCCAUCCUGCCAAAUUACAGAGAGAAUUGGUUAUCUUCUGGAUUAAACAACAAAUUCCCUACAUCUGCGAAUUCCUCCUCUUCAUUAACAUCUCCACAAUUUUCAUUGCCAUCAAGUGAUGCAUUCUUGAAAGAUUUUGAUCAGUUGUCUCCUCUCACAUCAUCUUCACUCCUGUCACCUUCACAAACAAUGGAAAUGGAUCAGUGGAACAGACCACAUCAGCAACCUCAGUCUCAGAUUCAACAGCAACAGCACUCUUUGAUGAGAUCGACGAGUGUUAUUGGUCAGCCUUUCUUGUCUAGCGGGAGCAGACCUAGUUCUGUUUUAUCGGACACACACAAAAAUUUUCCUCAGCAUACGCAGAAACCAAAGAGACCAUACAAGAGAAAACAUCAAAGUCCAACAAUGGAUGUGGCCGUGAAUGAUGAUAGUUGUCCAAUGAACAAUCAGCAGAUAAGUACAAAACGUCCUACAUUACUCAACACUUCCAUGUCAAUGGUUGAUGUUAACCACACACAUGAUGCCACAAUGAUGCUCACUCAUCCUGCUGCUGCUGCUGCCGUGGACACAGCUCUCCAGAGCACCAAUGGUCCAUGGAAUCAAUCUUGCAAUCCAUCACCUGUUCUCCCAUCUCUUCCAACACACCAGUCAUAUCAUCAACAACAACAGUAUCAAUAUCAACAGCCUCAACAUGUUUAUCAUUAUCAUCAGCAACCAAUGGAGCAACAGCAACAACAACAUCAACGUCAGCCCUUUCAACAAAAAUCACGAAUUGCCACAAACAAAAAACAACAAGUUCUUCAGAUAAACAACAACAGUGCUAAUAACAAUAAUUUAGAUAUAAGAAAUAACAUACUACCACUUGCAUUGUCAGCACCCACAAGCAUAAUCAGCAUCGAUAAUAACAAGUACACCAACUGCUUUAGUAACACUUCAAAGCCUCAAAAUGACACAGCAAAAAAUGAAAGUUUGCGAAAACUUUUGACGUCAAAUGAUGAUGAAUAUACAGCUGAUGACUGCAAAAUCGUCCCAAUCAAAACGAACAAGUUAAUGAACAGUGGGGGCAACACUAACCUUAAUGUUGCUGCAUGUCCUUCAUUGUCAGGUCUAUCUGGCUUGUCAUCGUUAUCUGAUGUCAUGUCCUUGAGCACCAACCAGAGCCCACCCCAGGAACCACAGAGUACGACUCACAUCGGUGAGAACUCCAACUCUCCUGUCAUUCACAAGAAUGACAAGAAAUCUUUGAAGAAGGAGCAGUCAUCUGGCAGAUGCAACCUUUUGAAGAAUUUACUAACUGGUAGUACCGAUGAUGAAGAUGAUGACUCAGUUCAACUGUCCUCAAACAGCAAGUUCAAAUCAAAUGUCAGCAAUUCUUCCAGGCAUAUACUGACCAAACUUGAAAAUCUUCAAUCUCUGCCAGAUAAAAAUGCAUUGGCAAGUGGUAGUGGUGCUGGUUCAUUAUUAACUAGUGAAGUUGAGUCUACCAGUGGGAACAAUGCGCUACUGAAGGCAUUGUUGAAGUCGAAUGCAGAUGAUGACAAACCAGAACCUAAAGCGGACAUCCUGUCUAAACUUCUGUCUGAAACAUCUGACGGAACACCAAUCCACCCACCAGCUGAAAUCACGUCCACAGUUGGCAAGGAUGGAGACAGCAGCAAGAUGUUCCUGUCGAAUUCAUCAAAUGUUCGCAAGUCUCUUGUCAACAUCGAUAGCGAAAGUGGAUUCAUUGGAACUGUACUCAUCAAUGAUGACAUCUCUCUGUCGCACUUUAUAAAUGUAAACGAGAAAGAUAUGAACUACGACAUGGAUAAUAACAUGAAGUUAUUUAACAAGAGUCUAACUGAUGAUAAAUCAACAACAUCAAUGACUACAGCAACUGUCACGGUGACAAUGUGCUCAUCGUUAAUGUCAGCGGCUAUAUCCUCAUUAUCGUCACUUAUUUCUAAUUCGUCGUCUCCCACUGAAAAUAUUACUGAUCCAUUCAGUGAAAAGAGUCCUUCCCAGAACAACAAUAAUUCAAACAGCACCAGUGACUCUGCAAAUGUUAAUGACAGUGCUAAACAAAGUGACGAACCGUCAGAUAAUGGUGGCGCUAUUUCGGCUAGUAACGGUUCAAAUGCGACGGCUAGCAAUAGCAACGGCAGCCACAGUAAUUCUAAUAAUAAAAUUAGCCACAUUAACAGCAAGAGCAAAAGACUCAUGGCAAAUUCUAAUUGCAAGUUGUUGAAGGAAUUGUUAUCAACGCAGCCAGCUCCUCAGAACAUUGUUUUUCCAAGUCGCAUCAGCGCCCUGCCCAUGGCCACUCCUCAAAUGGUUUUCAUGAACAAAUCUAAAGCAUCGGUGACCAAUCUUGAAACCUUAAUGCGUUUGACAUCUUCAGGUAUUACUACUACUACUACGACUACGACAUCAACAUCCUCCCCAUCAAACAGUGAGCAAAUGACGUCACCCAUCGUACAGGUGACACCUUCUUCAUCAUCUUCAGCACUGAUGUCGUCGUCAUCAAUUUCAUCACAACCUUCUAAAAAGGUGGAUGAUAAUGGUGGAAACAAAACUAAGCCAUUGUUAUCCAAGGGAAACAAUGACAGAAUGGAUAUGAUGUUCAGCGAUAACGGCCAUGAGGAUGAUGAGAACAGCUUGUUGAAAAGUGAUGAGGAUUCAUUGAAAUUCAAAGACUUGACGGAAGCUGAUUUGAAUGAGUUCCUUUUUGAUCCAAGUUUUGAUCUGGAAAACAUCUUAUCUACUGUGAUGCAACCCUCUGCUGCUCCAAACCUCAACACGACCACAGAAGAGUUGCCCGAUGAAGAUCCAAUGGUGAUUGUUAAUCAGAUGGAACACGUUAUCAUGUCUUCCAAUGAUCUUUCUUUCAAUGACAUAGAUAGACUGAUCCAUAACUCAAACGAUGCUAACAAAGCUUUCAUCAAGUUCAUUGCGGAUGAAAGCAACAGGAUGGGCUCUCAGUCCAUCCCAUCUAAUGAAAGUGCCAGUAAUGCUGAUUUGUUUGCUAGCAAAUCUUCAAGUAGGAGUCGAUCGAUAAAUUUACAUGAAAAUUUGGCCAUUAACGAAAUACAACAGGAAUUGAUGCAACUUGAUAAGUCUGAUUUCGUCAAUAAGAAUAAUGAUGACACCCAAAAAAAGGACGAUAGAGUUGAUAAAAACAAUAAAGUAAAGAGAACAGAAGGAAGAACAAAUAACAAGACAUCUGCUAACAAACAGCAGAAGGCUCUUCUUAGUCCAACAUCUAAGAAACAUGAACAGGGUUUGAAGUCUGCACAUGUUGUUCGAACAAGUCUCAUGACUGUCAACCAUCCGUCGAACUCGGUGGUUUCCAUUGCUGCACAGAACGGCAAUAAUAAUUCUAAUGACAGCAACACUUCAGCGAGAAAAUCUUUGGAAUAUAUGUUGGCGUCUCCUGAGUUGGAUGGCAAAAACUCAUUGAAAAAAUUUGAAGAACAGAUGAAAGUUGAUUUAUGCCCUAAUGCUGUUGUCUCCCGUUCUUCUUUCCAAAUUACAUUGGGCCAACUUUUGAACAACAAUGGCAGCAACAACAACAACACCGUCAACAACAUCAAUUCAAAUUACAGUACAGCAACAGAUAGCAACAACAACAGUGACACUAAUUCCGACUUCCCAAGUGCAAAAGGCAACAAAAAUAUCAAUAGUGAUAUUGAGAUCACUGAUGCUGAAAACAAUAAAAGUGCCACAAUCACCACCACCAACAACAAUGCCAACAACAGUGGCAACAAUAAUGUUUCAAACAAGAAUGAAGAAACAAAACAAAACUUUUGGUUGAAUGCAAAGAGCAAAUCAAACCUGACAAUGACUGGAGGAUCUAUCAUUCAGGUGGCACAAUCUCCCACGGUCACCACAAACAGUCCACUCCUAUCUCCAGCCAUAUCUCCCAGAUUCAACAAAUCCAUCAAAUCUCCUACCUUAGCCAUGGGUUCUGUGCCUGGAUCACUUCAAGCCCUGCACCAGCAUCAUUCAACAAGCCUCAACAAUGUCAAGAACGCAAACAGGAAUUCAUUCGCAACAUCAUCUCCCGCCAGCGUCGCUUUCUACAACAAUGCAAACCUGACUGACAAUAGCAGCAACAACACGUCGGGCAUUGGAGUAAGCAACAGCACAAACAACAACAUGGUCGUCAGCAACAACAGCAGCAGUUCAGUGGCUAACUCCUCAGCCUGUUCUAAGAGCAACAACAGCAGCACUGGCAGCAGCAUUGCUAACAGUUCGAGCAUCUCAUUGGCAAGCAGCAGCAGCAGUGCAACUAACAGUGCAAACUCUACCUCAACAAUCAGUAGUGUUGCCAACGUCACAAAAGCCACUGCAACUCCUCACAAUAACAACAACAACAAAAACGAUAACGGCAAGAACAAGUCAGGUGCCAAACAAUCACUAACAAUACAAAAGUUAAAUUUGAAAAUCAACUCUGGCAACAACGCAGACAAUACUCACAGAUCACUAUCGCUGACGGAAGAGACGGCAUCCUCGUCAUCCUCUUCCUCCUCCUUCUCUUCAUCCUCAUCUUCAUCCUCAUCGUCAUCAUCAUCUUCAUCGUCUCAGCCAGCGACUCCGUUAGUGAAGACGCCCACCACUCCAACAUUGAAUGCCAAACAAGCGUUGAAAGGAGUUUUGCAGAUAAGAAGUCAGAUGAUCCAAAAUACUUCACAUGCAGGUAGCAAAAGAUUGAUAACUGCAAACAACAGCAGCGGAAGUAAGGUGAACAGUGGACCAAGCAGCCAGCCAGCAACAAUUGUCUCAAACACUACAACUAAUAUUCCUGUUUCCAAUCUCAUAAAGUUUUCACAUCAGCCAAAAUUGCAACAUCAGCAUUCGUUAAAUGACACAAAAGUGUUUGCAAGACAAGGUAAUUUGAGUUUGGAUGAAACAUCUAAUUUUGACGGUGACUUGGAUAAGAUGAAGGUUAAAGCUGUACGUGAUUUGGAGGAUCUUGACGAUAUUCUCAAUCGCGACAACACUAUUGAAUCAAAGAAAUUUAAACAAGAUGCCCAGUGUUCCCCACAUCAACAACAAUUACAACUCCAACAACAUAAGUUGCAACAACAUCAUCUACAACAACACCUACAUCAAAAACAACAACAGCCACAUCAGCAGCAAGUUCAGCAGCACCAGUUCAUACAGCACCAAAUGGAUUUCAACGAGUCAAACAAUUCUGCUGGUUUAUUAAAUGAACCGCAUAAUUCAAAUGGUUUCCAAGGAGCACCCAUCAAUCAUAUCAGCAGUGAUCCAUUGCAACAUCAUCAGCAGCGCAAAAUAUAUAUCCAACAGCAGCAGCAACAGAGUCAUAUAGGUGACAGCAUGCCAUAUAGAAGUAAUCCACAUCACCAGCAAUUCAUUGUGACACAACAACCGCAUUUGCCAAAUCCUCACCAACAGUCUCCAUCAGUCCCAUUGCAACACCAACAGCAGUAUGUUGGCCUACCAAACGAAAUAUCCACAAUGCAUAGUCCUUCUUAUAGUAUGAAGAAACAUGAUCACCAGCAACAUCACAGGGUUACAAGUUUGAAUGCAGAUGAGCUGAUUAGCAACAGCGCAGUUUUAAAACAACAGUACCUACCACCUCAGCAUUACACUCAACAGUCUGCACAGCAUCAAUCUCCACAAUUGGACAUCAUACACAAUCGUUCACAAGCUGCCAGCGCCCAGCAUAUGAGCCACAGAUCUAUCCCACACCAACAACAAUUCAUGUACAGGCAGACAUCAGCAGCCCAGCCAUGCCAUCCUCCAGCUCGGGAGCACAUGACUUACAAGUCUCACAUUGCACAACAACAACAAUUUUCUUCAUCGAAUUCAGCAUAUUCCAAUAUGUAUGCUAGUCGUUUGUCUGAGGUUCAGCCAAAUGUACUACAACAACAUCAACAACUUCAACAUCAACAUCUUCAACAGCAACAUCAACAACAACAAAUUAUUAAGCAGAAUGCAACACAACAAAUGUCUUUCUAUCCACCAAACCAUCAACAGCAUCAUAUACAACAGCAUCAACAAUAUCAGCAGCAACAACAACGUCCACAGCAUCAGCAACAACACAACGAGCAAUUGGUUUUGCAAAGACCAUCACCUCAAACGGUUCAAGUUGAACAAUCUUCAAUAAAUCAAACACAGCAAAACGUUUGGCCCCAACAACAACUACAGCAGCAACAGCUUCCGAUGCAGUCACAACAACCACUCUCGCAGAAGCCAUUGCAGCAGCAACAGCAGCAACAACCUCUACUUGAUGGUGCACACUCAGAUUUGUCGUCUUCAAAAACACCUUCCUUGGACAUCAGUCAAGUUUUGUUUGGACCUGAUGAACCAAACAUGAACAACAUCGAAGAAGAUGAACUGGAAAAGUUGUUAGCCACUUUCACGGAAGGCUUGGAUGAUGUUGAUCCAUCAAGAAGAAGUAACAACAUUCUCGAUGCCAUGUCUGAUAUUGGCGAGUUGUCAGAAUUUCUUUCAAGAGAAGAAGAUGAAUGUAGUGCAAGACAAGCAGAGCCAAUGCAACCAUCACAAGUGCCAGGCCACAACAUUCAACAACAACAACAAUUCUACCAGCAACAACAUUCACAGCCACAAAUACAUCAGCAAAUGGUUCAACAGCCUCAUCACCAACAACUACUGCAACAAACGAAACAUCAGCAGCAGCAGUUGCAACAAUUCUCCCAACAAGGGAUGAACAAUAGGAACAAUUUAUCAAGUAUAUCUCCCGAAUUAUUCUUUACCUCUGAUAUGGAAGUGAAUAAGAAGUUUGAUAGUUUUGCUUCUGCUUCUUCUACUGCUCUCAACAACAAUCAUAUCCUCAGCAACAUACUCAUGUGCAACAACAACAACAACAGCAGCAACAACAGCAACAACAGAAUCAUGAAUGAGCCAAGACAUUGCGUUCUCUGUGUUGCGUGCCUGUCACGUGGUCUUGUUAACAAUGAAGAUAAUAAUAAUAAUGAUAGGCUUUUCUUAAAAGCAUCAAUUCCCACGUUGAAAGAACCAUCAGGAAUUUCAGCUGAGGAUGGUAAGCGUCCGGAUGGCUGCACUCUAAUCCCAUGGAAGCCUGGCAGCAAAGGUUUAGUUUUGGACGUCACUCUCCCUGGCACCCUUGCAGAACGUUACAGCUAUCUAAUCAGCCUAGAAAGUGGUUUUGCCGCAACCAGGGCUUCUGAUGAAAAACUUAAAAAAUACGAUAACACCCUGCCUUCAAUGAAAUUUCUUCCGGUUUGUGUUGAAGUCCUUGGUCCUGUGGACAAAGCUGCUGCAAAAUUUUUUAAAGACAUUUGCAACCUUAUAAGGGCAAGAUCCGGAGUCAAAAGGGAAUUUUUCUUCGCAAUUUUCUUGUCUCGUAUGUGGCAACGAGUCCUUCGUGUUUCCCCGCCGAUGGAUCCUCCAUUGAGCCCUGUAUACAUAGAUGUGCCUGCAGUUGCUCACCCAACAAGCAGGCUCCCUGCCACAAUCAGCUGUUCAUAG